AUGGCAAAGUAUUUCUGCGAAUUUUGUAACAAGACACUGCUGAACGACAAGCUGAAAAGCAGAAGGAUACAUUUCCAGGGUGCAAAGCACAGGCUUAUGAGAAAGGCCUAUUACAUGGAAAUGUUUGAAAAAAAAGAAGUGAUAGCAGAAAUGGCAUCUAUUUUGAAAGAUAUGAAGACUGAGAACAAAAAGGCGGAGAGUGAGAACGCCGAAAAAAAGCAAAAUACUUGUUUUUCUUUUCCUCCAGGGGAUUUCUAUCUGGACCUUGUUGUACCAGAGGAGCCAUUAGGAUUUAAACUUCCGCUUGGAUUCGACUUUCGAGACAAAAGAAACUUCCUAGGAACCAUCACCGAAGCAAUAAGGAAAUACAAAUGA